AUGGUUACUUUGAUCUCAAUUUUUCUCUCAAUUCCACUGAUAGUCUCAGGGACAAUCAGCUAUUGCAGUCACGGAACUGAUUGGACAGACAUCUGCUCUACAGGCUCAAAACAAUCCCCAAUAAACAUCGUCACAUCGAGUGCCACAAAAAAAGAAAAAUCAGAGGGCAUUAAUUUUAACUUCACAUCCCAUAAAGUAGAAGGAGAAUUCACUGACCACAACUUUGAAAUUGAGGGAAAUUUCGUCGAUGGGAAACUAAAAGUCGGCAGUCUUAAGAAGGGUUAUGGAGUCCAGUUUCAUUUCCAUGCUCCAUCUGAGCAUCAGAUUGAUGGAAAUAGCUAUGACCUCGAAAUGCAUGUGGUUCAGAAAGAUUCCGCUGGAAAUUACCUUUUUGUGGUAGGAAUUUUGUUCAAGAAAGGCAGCAGCAGUAAUGACUUUAUUGAGAAAGUCAUUGAUUCAGAAACCGAGGAAACUAAAAUUGACCUUACUGACAUUCUUGACGACGAUUUGGCGAACUUUUAUUAUUAUGAAGGGUCCUUGACUACUCCUCCAUGUACUGAAUCAGUAGAGUGGUUUGUGUGGGAAGAAAUCCAAGAAAUAAGCGAGGAACAGUUGGAAUUUUUCACUUCUAAGUGGGCUGGAACCUCGAGCUUUGGGUGCGGGAAUGGAAAUAAUAGAGCUGUCCAGAAUUUGAACUCAAGAACGGUUACUUAUUAUGAAAGCUCUAAUCUUCUUGUAUUGGGGCUAUCAGUAAUCGCAUUUAUCUUUUAG